AUGAAAAGAAAAUUUCAAGGAUCACAUUUGCAUCGUGAUGCACCAAGUCGAUAUCAGGACGGCGUUUAUAUGCUCAACGUUGAUUUACCGUCAGCACGAGCCAUCUCGGAUCUCAUCUUCAAAGGACCGUCAGGCAUUCCGAAUGCCCGUAACGUCACAACAAUGCUUGCAUUUUUCAGUGAGUUUUUCAAUUUGCAAUGCAAUGUUUUCUGCAUUCUUCAUCUAUUCACAUUCUCCGCAUUCCGUCUGUGGGCGACGGUUCGUGUCUUUUCAGUUCCACUUUUCUUCAUCGAGUUUGUCAUUCGAAGAAUGCUUUCACCGAAGAUAAAUGUACCGUUCGAUGUCUGA